GCAUCGGCAACAGACGAAGGAAAAUGCAAAUGCGUAACGAAAGACAAAACCGUUUGGAGUAAGACGCCGUUUCAAGUACAUCAAACUCCUUCUCACAAUAUUUUACGUCAAAGAAGUGGCCCACAUAGAUCUACAGAAACUUUAUCAAUAAGAGAUACUUUCAAAAAAAUUAUUAUACUCGAAAUGGUAGAUCUUAUUGUUCGGUAUAUUAACAAAAAAAGCCAAGAAAAUGUGUGAUAAUUAUAACGCGAAGAAUCCGGAUUCGCAGCAAUCGUGGAAGCCAAUAACUAUACAAGAGAUAUGAAGAAUGACAAGAUAAUUGAAAAAGCUCUUAUAAAUAUGGCUCAACUUAUGUUAUUGGAGGAAUAUUUACCAUCUGUCAUGGAAGCGAUAAAACAUUGUCAUCCAACUGUAAGUAAAUCAAUGGAAGGAUGUGCGUUAGCAUACGACUAUUACAAAUGUUUCCAUGAUUAUGAUCCAACGAUUGCCAUGUAUGCAUAAAAAUAUUUUGGACUCUUUUUCGGAUAAAUAUGAAUGCAACUUUGGUUCAUAUUUAUAAAUCAUAUGAGGAGGAUUUCAGUAUGACCAAGCAUUAGAUUAUAAAAUACUUGCAUUGGAUUUAAAAAUUGAGAAAUUACAAACAUGUAAAAAUAAAUAUUAUGUGUUAAUUACACACAACUUAUAUCUUAAUGA